CUCCGAUUCUGAUUCACCGGACGAAUUUGGAGUAUGAACCACCAGCAAGUCAUAACACAGGAGGCGGGAUUUGCCGCAAGACCAGUGUGAAAUAAGCGCUUUCAACGGAGCCGUGAAACCCAGAUGUAAGUGACGGUGUGCUGGAUGGAGAGGACGCGUCUGUCCGCCGAAUGGUUCAACCAGCAGCAGUGACAUCCUGGAUGAAGAGGCUUUUUCCACCCAUUCACACCGAACAGGGAUAAAACUGACUCCAGAGCACAGUGAACACUCAUUUAUGGUCUGAGUCUAAUACAAGACAAGAGCCGUGUGUGUGUGUGUGUGUGUGUGUGUGUGAUGCGAGCCGCGUUUAAAUGCAGCCUUCAACGUAAAAACCCACACUGCAACAGCCAUCUGGCUCGGACCGUGUUAUUUUUAUCCGUUUUUUGUUACCGCACCUUCUCCUUCAGCAGUAAGCAUGGAUGAUGAUAAUCAAGUACCUGAGGAUCUGUCCUUAGAUGAGAGAGAUGAGCUGACAAACAUAAGGCGCAGAAAAAAAGAAUUACUGGACGACAUUGAGCGAUUGAAGUUCGAGAUUGCAGAAGUGAUGACGGAAAUCGAGCAGCUCACCUGUGUGGGAGAGAGCAAAACCACACAGAGGAACAAACAGAUUGCCAUGGGAAGAAAGAAAUUCAACAUGGAUCCCAAAAAGGGGAUCCAGUUUCUCUUGGAGAAUGACCUCCUGCAACACACCCCUGAUGAUAUAGCCCAAUUCCUCUACAAAGGGGAGGGUCUGAACAAAACAGUCAUUGGGGAUUACUUAGGGGAACGGGAUGACUUCAACAUUAAAGUGCUUCAGGCCUUCGUGGAGCUCCAUGAAUUUGCAGACCUCAAUCUUGUACAGGCGUUAAGGCAAUUUCUGUGGAGCUUCAGGCUGCCGGGUGAGGCACAGAAGAUCGAUAGAAUGAUGGAGGCCUUUGCAUCCCGGUACUGUCAGUGCAACCCAGGAGUCUUCCAAUCCACAGACACUUGCUAUGUCCUGUCUUUUGCAAUCAUCAUGCUGAACACCAGCCUUCACAACCCUAAUGUCAGGGACAAGCCUGCUGUGGAGCGGUUCAUCUCCAUGAACAGGGGAAUCAAUGAAGGAGGAGACCUACCAGAGGAGCUGCUCAGGAACUUGUACGAGAGCAUUAAAAGUGAGCCCUUUAAGAUCCCGGAGGAUGACGGCAACGACCUCACCCACACGUUUUUCAACCCCGACAGAGAAGGCUGGCUGCUUAAGCUAGGAGGAAGAGUAAAAACCUGGAAAAGGCGGUGGUUCAUUUUAACCGACAACUGCCUGUACUACUUUGAGUACACAACGGACAAGGAGCCUCGGGGAAUCAUUCCUCUGGAGAACCUCAGUAUCAGAGAGGUGGAUGAGCCUAGGAAGCCUAACUGUUUCGAACUUUACAACCCCAGCCACAAGGGUCAGGUGAUCAAAGCGUGUAAGACAGAGGCUGAUGGCCGGGUGGUGGAAGGGAACCAUGUGGUCUACAGGAUAUCAGCCCCUACACCAGAAGAGAAAGAGGAGUGGAUCAAAUCUAUAAAAGCCAGCAUCAGCAGGGAUCCCUUCUACGACAUGUUGGCUACCAGGAAACGCCGCAUCGCCAACAAAAAGUGACGAGCGACUCGUCUCCAUACCUGGGGCUUGUGAUGUCAUCGAUGUAGGACUUUGUCACAGUGUCCGAUUCUCCACGAUUUGAAACCCGCCAUCCCUUAAUUCGCGAUGUUCCACCUCCGUAUAUUGGAGCAAAAUACGGCCACCGUUGCUUCCCCUGCACUUUGCACAGAUGUCAUCGUGUGCACAUGGACAGCACAUGUGAGAGUCCAGGGGAUUACGGACUGAUGCGAUUCAAUCAUUAAAUCCUAUUGUGUUCUGACCUUGGUCUAUCCCAAGUCACUAAAGCAACACUUUUCUCAUGUGAUUAGUAAGAGCAGAAAGCUGAAGCCAGUUAGGAUUAUGGAAAUAAACCAGCAUUGAGUAGCUGUUCUAUUUAUUAUCAAGUAAACUCAAGCUCUUAGUGGAAAGUGUUUCUAUAAAGACCAAUGAGAGCUGAGGCAUACUCCAACCAUCUACACAUUAUAUUCUACAUUGUCCAUGCAGCUUGAACUGACAAACUAUUAUCUCACUAUGGUGCUGAAUUAAUAAAUCUGUGCAAUUUGUUUAAGAAAAAUCUGCAUAAAAAGCUUGAAUGGUUUAUAAUAUAAAUGUGGGAAUGCAAUUUAACACAUGGCAGUCUUAAAGUCAGCUGGACUGAUUUCUUUCAUUUGUCGACAGUACAAGAAGAAAUACAGGUUGUUUUUGUUUGUUUGUUUGUUUGUUUUUGCAUCUUUUUGCUUUCUCUGUAAAUGGGAUGGUGCCAGUGAGUUAAAGCUUUCUGUUUAGCAUUUAGAAAAGAUCGUUAAGAAAUAUCACAGGGCUAAGGCCUCUAUUAAGGAAGUGUAUGACUGAAGUUAUUAAGGCAUAAAUGUAACACAGAUGUUCGGUUUUAUGGAGUUUUUUUUUUUUUUUUAUUGGUUUCGACCCUGGGGGCCUCUAGCCACAUGUGUCAUUCUACUCAGUGUAAAAAAGUGCUGAUCUGGGAUCAGUUUUUUACUCUUGAUUAUAAUUAUGUGGAAAAGAGUGAUCCUAGAUCAGGUCUUCACUCUGAGACUCUCGAUGUAGACGUUUGACAAUGUAUUGAUGUGUUGUGAAUGUUUAUCCCUGUUUAAAGCUACAACUUUGCUUGCCUUUAUGUUCCCUUCACAAACAUAAGUGAAUAUCUUUUUAUAUUUAUUUUCUCUGUGAAAUGUUUGACCUGUAAUUGCUGAUACUAUGGACUUAAGUUAUGUGUAUAUAUUGUAAACAACUGUCUUCUUUUGUGUGUGUGUGUGUGUGUGUGUGUGUGUGUGUGUGUAUGUAUGAGUUUCUGCUUUUAAAUCACAACAGCUUCAGUUUGGGAUAUUCCUUUUGGCAAUUUCAGAUUGUCAUCAUCUCAUGUAAUUCUGUAUUAUUAUUAUUAUUAUUAUUAUUAUUAUUAUUAUUAUUAUAUGUUUUUGUAAAAUAAGAGCUCUAGCCCAGGGUGGAAUAUUAUAUUCAGCUGCCUUGUGAAGCUAUACAUUAAUUUUUAUAUGACUGUAAAAGCUAUUGGUCAUUACCAUAAAACAUUCAUAAAGCUUUAAUCCUGAA